CGGAGGAGGCAAUUACACUAACACCCUUCACAGGACACAGGAAGCGCAACACAACAAUGGCUCCCAAGGCUAAGACCACCACGACCGCGGCCACGGCCAAAGCCACCACGGCCAAAAAGGCCGCCCUGAAAGGAACCAACGGCAAACACACCCACAAAAUCCGCACAAAAACCCACUUCUACCGUCCCAAAACCCUCCGUCUCCCCCGGUCGCCGAAGUACCCCCGCCGCUCCGUCCCGCGCGUUCCCACGCUCGAUGCCUACAAGGUCGUGCAGUUCCCGCUCAACACCGAGUCGGCCAUGAAGAAGAUCGAGGACAACAACACGCUGGUGUUCAUCUGCGAUGUGAGGGCGAACAAGAGGCAGAUUCGGGACGCAGUGAAGCGGUUAUAUGAUGUUGAGGCGGCGAGUGUGAAUACGCUGAUUAGGCCGGAUGGGAAGAAGAAGGCUUAUGUUAGGCUGAGUGCGGAUGUCGAUGCGUUGGACGUUGCUAACAAGAUCGGCUUCAUUUGAAUCAUCAUCCCCACACUUAGAAUCGCACACCACUGUACCUUUCCUCUUUACCCUCUGUCAAAUACAUCCAAAAAACCGGCCCACACAUCGUCCCACUCUUCUCUGUGGCCUGAUUCUGUGUUCUGGGGGGAUAAGAAACACCGAGAAGAUCUCUGAGGGAGUGUACGCGUACAUCGCCUGGAAUCCCCUGGAUGGAGGGGGGAAGCGAUUGCGGAGUAGCCAUCGCAAACGCAGCAAGUUUCUAAAGCUCACACACCGCCAAAAAGAACCGAAUAUCCGUGGAGCAUUUGUCCUCAGACACAAGAAUAUGG